AUGCGGCUGCCGCGGCAGCCGCAGCCGCAGUACAAGAAGACGGCGCCCGCGGGGGGCGCGGGGCUCGACAGGCCGGCCUACGCUGUUGUGCACUCCAGAGACUACGAUUUCGACUCUACAACAAUGCGCGCAAAUGGACGCACAAUGACGUGCGCAGCGCUCAACGCGCUGUGCUUGUGUACGAGCACCUGGGGCCUGUGGCGGGCCACCGAAGUGCGGCUUCCCGCGAGCCUGGCCGGAGCCGGCCAUCGGCAAUUCCUAACGAUCCUCGCGGUGGUGGCGACGAUCAUUACGAACGUAGCGAAUCUCGGAGCGCUCGCGGCCGGCGGCGCGCGUGCGCGCCGCGCAGCGCGGCAAGUGGCGCUGCCCGUGGCGCUGGUGGUGGAAACGGUGGUAGCCGUGGUGUACUGGCCACUGCGGCUGUUCGCGCUGCCGCUCAUUAUGCACGACGUGAAGGACGGGUCGCGGAUGCCCCUGGCAGUGUCCGUGGACUGCGCGGUGCAUCUGGCGCCCGUGGUGCUGUUGGGCGCGGACUACGCGCUGGUGGAGCAGCGGCCGUUCGAGAUGAGCCUGGGGCGCGCGUGGGUGGUGGUGACGGCGCUGGGGCUCGGGUACAGGCGGUACCUAGAGACGAUGGUGGACCGGGCGGGCGGGGCGGCGUACCCCUACCCGUUCCUGGACGUGGCGGAGCCGUACCAGAGCGGGAUCUUUGUGGUGGUGACGACGGCGGCGUGGGCGGUGUUCUGGGGGUACAAGAAGGUGCACGCGGGGCGCGCGAGCGGCCGCACGUGA